CUGAAUUCUCUCGGCCUCUCACGCACGCCGCACGGGACCUUUAUUAAGGGCUCUCUCAUUUUAGUUUAGUCGGCUCUCUCAUUUUCUCUACAGCAAUCUUCACCAGGAGGAAUCAAGGGCCCUCGCAUCUCUCUUCGCUGAGAUGGUUGUUCCUCCACCUGUCAGGCCACCUACUAUUACUAAGUUUCUGAAGCCUUAUGUCCUGAAAAUGCACUUUACAAAUAAAUAUGUAAGUGCCCAGGUAGUCCACUCACCAACUGCCACUGUAGCCUCUUCCGCAAGCUCGCAGGAAAAAGCCUUGAGAGAGAGCCUGGAAUCGCAUAGGGAUGUUGCUGCUGCUGCAAAGAUUGGGAAGAUAUUAGGGGAGCGCCUGCUGCUCAAGAAUAUCCCUGCUGUAUCAGUCCACUUGAAGAGAGAACAGAAAUAUCAUGGUAAGGUUAAAGCUGUCAUUGAUAAUGUGGUAGAAGCUGGUGUCAAACUACUCUGAUUUUGUAGGAGGAUAAUAAGGAGACAUUAGUUUGUUUAUUGUCUGGUUCUCAUGUUUCAAGAAAAGAAAGUAUUGGGCUAUUGAUGCAAUGAGCAUUUCUUUUUCCAUCA